AUGAAGCCCUCCCACCUGCGCAGAAAGGUUAUCGUGGGAGUUUCCCGCAGUGUCGGCGACCCGUCGGAGCGCGGCGACAUCAGCCUGAGCUUGGACCGAGGCGACUACGCCGUCACCAUCCAGCCGGGCACCAGCAACAUCACGCUCACCCGCGCGCUGGACAGAGAGUCGCAAGCUCUGGACGGCCACGACGGACCGUCUUCGGUAGCGGUCAGGGUCGUCUGCAAGAGGAAAGGCACCUCGGAUCCGAGCAUCAAGAUACCGGUGAACAUCCGCGUGCAGGACGUCAACGACAACGCGCCGCAGUUUAUUGGCGCUCCGUACACCCUCAACAUCUCGGAGGUGACCGUGCCCGGCACUGUGGUCCUGCAGGGCAUCAAGGCUGUGGACGCCGACCAGCAGGGUCCCUUCUCCACCGUCCACUACUCCGUCAUCGAGGGCAACUACGCGGAGUACAUCGACUUCGCCAACGGUCUGGACGGCACGCUGCGGCUGAAGCAGCAGUUGGACUUCGAGAAGGUGCAGCAGUUCCGGCUCACGCUGCGUGCCGAGGACCAGGGUGACCCCGUCAAGUCGACCGAGGCCGUGCUGACCGUCAAUGUCAUCGACGCGGACGACCAGAACCCACGCUUUUACGACGACCGCUACGUCACGACACUGCCUCGGCGACCAGUCCAGGGCAACACCCUCACCAUACGGCCCCGGCGAGUGCGAGCGUUUGACCAGGACAUCGGCAUCAACGCUCCUGUCGCCUAUACGUUCACCGCAGACGGCGCCGACUCGCGCUAUUUCGCCAUCGAUCCGGAGACGGGAGACAUCACGAUCGCCGAGACGAUUCCGGACUCGGAGCUGCUGCAGCCGAUCACACUGGUCGUCAAGGCGACGCAGCAGGACAACGGUGACCGGUACGCGCUGACGACGCUGACGGUGCGCCGCGAGGGCGUGUUCACGGACGAGCUGCAGUUCGUGCAGGGCAACUACGUGGCCAGCGUGCUGGAGAACCGGCCGGUCAACUCUGUCAUCCUCACCGUCAUCACCAACCGGCCGGGCGACAGCCGAGUUCGUUUCUUCCUGCCUGAUGAACCGAGCCAGUUCACCAUCAUGAGAAAUGGAGACUUAGCCCUGGUCGAUUCGUUGGAUUACGAGACGCAAGACAGACUCAACUUCUCCGUCGUGGCAACAGAUGGCAGGCAGAACGACACGGCGAUGGUGACCAUCAUCGUGCUGAACGUAAACGACUGGGACCCGCGCUUCCGCCAUCCGAGCUUCGACUUCGUGGCGUCGCCGAGCUCGCGUCCCAGUGACGUGGUGGGCCGACUGACGGUUUACGACGGCGACCGCGGCGAUCGCGUCUCGCUCGGGCUGAUGGGGCAGGACGCCAGAGCUUUCUCCGUGUCAAAAGAGGGUGACCUCGUCAUUCGCGACCUGAGCGUGCUGAACUCGUCCGUGGCGCACCUGGUGGCCGUGGCCAGAGACAGCGGGGUGCCUCCUCGACGGUCCUCGGUGCCGGUUACCGUGCGGUUUCCGCAGGAGCUUCUGGGCCCGAGCACGAGGGCCGAGAGCUCUCUCCUCUUGAUGAUUAUCUUCGGGGGUGCUCCUGGCAAAAAGGACCGGGCGCGGACAAGGCGCACCUCGCCGGCGCUGGGCGCCAAGGUGGCCAGCUACGUCAACAACUCGAUCCCGCACGAGAAGCUGGAGGCCGGCAGCGGGCCGGGCUCGCCGCGCGCCUCCCACCUCGGCUCGCUGGUGGUCGAUCUCGACACGCUCAACGUCGACCAAGCAUUGGUGUAA